AUGGGUGAUACAAUGGCACAAUGUUUGUCCCCUUGUUUGGCAGAGUGCAAAUGUGGUCCAGGUUAUGCAACGCCUCUGGAUGCUGUUCGCAAUGGUCCGGUUGAGAAGCUGCUCUACGUUGUUUGUGUUCAACCGAAUCUGGACGAGGAACACGGAGACUAUCUUGCCACGGUGGAUGUUGAUCCGGCUAGUGGAACAUACUGCGAGAUCAUACAUCGCACGUACACAAACAGCAAAAGAAAUGAGCUACACCACAGCGGCUGGAACACUUGCUCCAGCUGUCACUUUGUGCCGGGAGAUAAGCAGGUCCCUACACGCGAUCGUCUGGUUCUGCCCUGCCUAAACUCGGAUCGUAUCUUUGUGAUCGAUACCGGUACCGAUCCACGUGCACCGAAACUCGCCAAAGUGAUCGAGGGCGAUGUGCUGAAGGGUGCCAACUGUACUGCACCCCACACUACCCACUGUCUCCCGAACGGGAACAUCAUGAUCUCGGUAAUGGGUGAUGCCGAGGGUAACGCGAAAGGCGAUUUUGUCGAGUUCGACAAGAACUUCGAGCUGGUCGGCACAUGGUCACGGGGCGAUCGGAAAGCACUCUGCGGCUACGACUACUGGUAUCAGCCACACUUUAACGUGAUGGUCGCAUCGGAAUGGGGCGCACCGAAACUCUUCCGCCGUGGCUAUCAUCCGACCGAUUGUGACGAUCGUACGCAGUACGGUUGUCGGUUAAACUUUUACCGCUGGCAGGAACGGGAACUCUUCCAAACGAUCGACCUCGGGGACGAUGGACUAACGCCACUGGAAAUACGCUUCCUGCACAACCCAAAAGAGAACCAGGGCUAUGUCGGUUGUGCGUUCUAUGCGAACGUGUACCGGUUCUAUCAGAAGCCCGGUACAUCCGAGUACACCGCCGAAAAGGUGAUCGAUGUGCCGGUAAAGAAGGUACAGGCAGAUAAUGGGGAGAUCGAAAUGAUGGGCGGUAUGAUGACGGACAUCCUUAUCUCGCUGGACGAUCGGUACCUGUACUUUAGCAACUGGCGCCACGGUGAUGUCCGCCAGUACGAUAUUACCGAUCGUGCCCAUCCCCGUCUUACCGGGCAGGUGUUCCUCGGUGGCGCAAUUCAGAGUGAUGCACCGAGGCGUGUAGUGAACGAUCCGGAACUGAGCGAACCACCGAAACCGGUGUACUUGAAAAAUCGCCGUCUGCUCGGUGGUCCGCAAAUGUUGCAACUUUCGCUCGAUGGUCGGCGGCUGUACGUGUCGUCUAGUUUGUUCUCACCGUGGGAUAAGCAGUUCUACCCGGAGAUGGUUGCGGCCGGUGGUACAAUCGUACAGCUGGACAUCGAUGUUGAGAAUGGUGGCAUGAAGCUGAACGAGAACUUCCUGGUGGACUUUGGAAAUGAACCGUACGGGCCUGGGUUGCCACACGAGAUGCGGUACCCUGGAGGUGACUGCACCUCAGAUAUCUGGCUAGUGAACGAGUAG